UUAAAACAAAUAAUAGCCAACACUAGAAAACUACGAAAACCAUGAAUUUUAACAAAUAUUUUGCACUUUUCAUCAUAGUGAUCUUGGGUCUUUUAUGCCAACAUGCUGCCCAGGCUCAUAGUAUUUUUUGGGAUCUAAAACAUGAUGCGGAAAGAGAUAUUCACAAGGUAGAUGAGAAAGUGGAUAAUAUUAAGGAUAAAGCGGAAGGUGAUGUUCACGAAGUUGGACGUAAAUUGGAUAAUAUUGGCCAUAAAGUGGAAAAGACAGCCAAGAAAGCUUAUAAAGUUUAUAAAGUCGUUCAAGAUGUGGAAACCGCUGGAAAGGUUAUAGAAGUCGCUGGUGCAGUUGCUCAUGUUGUUGAGAAAUUUUAAAAGUAUUUUUCAUAUUAACUUAAUGCGAAAUAAUUAUAGUGAAGUUCUUAAA